GACUGGAGAGAAACACGAUGGCUGACAUUCCCAAACCACCGCCGACGAAAACCCAAGCCGAGAAUAACCCCGAAGACAUCUUAGAAUGGAAACCAAGAACGGAUUGGACUGUCUUACCAUCAAGUUUUUCCUCGGGACCAUUAGGCUUAGGUGAUCCAGAAGACACAUCUCUGCGGAAAGUUGAAAAAGAGGUUUUAAUUCCCAUGGUGAUGAGAGACAAAGCAUGGAUGGAGAAAUGUCGUCCGGAAGUAAUAGCUUUUGAAAAAUGUGCCAAAGCAGAAGAGUUCAUGAUGAUGUUCAGAUGUCGAGAAAAAAACAAUAUAAUGCAACGUUGUGUUAAAGCUUGGUUUCAAGAUGAAGAUUUCAAAGAAGAAUGUAAACAGAUCUAUUUGGACAAACGGAAACAUUAUCGUAGCACCGGAGAAGGACAAAAACUAAGAAGAGAGGAAAUGAAAUGGCAGUGAUAUUUGUUUAUGUAGAGGUGCCAUGCAUAUAUCUGUAUACCAUCUCUGUGCAUGUCGUGUUUGGUACUGGACAUGAAGGAUUAAACUUUUACCAUGAGGAACAAAGUGAAGUUGGUUUCUGCAGUGAUUAAUCUACAAUUACAUUUAUAAGGGUCAUUUUCCUACAGUUUUGUUAAGACUAUAUGAGUCCUACUCUGUAAAAUUUCAAUAUUUCCAGAAUUCCUGCGGGUCCUGACAAAAUUUUGUGAGUCCAUGACCCAGGACUUGCAUGUAGAUUUAUCACUGUGUAUGGAUGGGCCAUGCUUAUUCCAAUGAGUCAGAAGAAACAAUUACUUUUCCAAGACAAUAUCUUGGCUCCUGGCAUCUUCAUUCUUACUAAUGAAACCUCUCUACCAAGUACAAACGAAGGUCAUGUCUUGACCAUGUCGGACAACCAUACAUAAGUAAUGAUGGCAUUGAUUUCAUUCUAUCUUCUUCUUUAAGAUCACUACUGUGUGCUAUUACCAUGCAAAUCAGUAAGGCUUUUAAUAUCUCUAUACCUGGGUAUUGAUUGAAGUGUUUAAACAUCUCUUUACCUCAGUAUUGAGAAUUAAGUUUCCAAAUAUCUCUAGUUUUAAGAUACUUUGGUAUAGGGAGUUUAAGUGUUUGAAUCUCUAUACGUGUGUAUGUUGGUAGUUUAUUUAGAAAUUAUAUAUUCUGAACCUAGGUACUGAGAGACAAGUGUUUAAAUACCUGGGUAUUGAGGGUUAAGCUUGAGAUAUAUCUCUACCUGUUGUAUUGAGAGUUAAGUGUUUAAAUAUUUCUUAUAUAUACCUGGGUAUUGAGGGUUAAGCUUAAGAUAUAUCUCUACCUGUUGUAUUGAGAGUUAAGUGUUUAAACAUUUCUUAUAUAUACCUGGGUAUUGAGGGUUAAGCUUAAGAUAUAUCUCUACCUGUUGUAUUGAGAGUUAAGUGUUUAAAUAUUUCUUAUAUAUACCUGGGUAUUGAGGGUUAAGCUUAAGAUAUAUCUCUACCUGUUGUAUUGAGAGUUAAGUGUUUAAAUAUUUCUUAUAUAUACCUAGGUAUUGAGAGUUAAGCUAUAAGAUAUAUAUCUCUACCGGAGUAUUGAGAGUUAAGCUAUAAGAUAUAUAUCUCUACCGGAGUAUUGAGAGUUAAGCUAUAAGAUAUAUAUCUCUACCUGAGUAUUGAGAGUUUAAGUGUUUAAAUAUUUCUUAUAUAUACCUGGGUAUUGAGGGUUAAGCUUAAGAUAUAUCUCUACCUGUUGUAUUGAGAGUUAAGUGUUUAAAUAUUUCUUAUAUAUACCUAGGUAUUGAGAGUUAAGCUAUAAGAUAUAUAUCUCUACCUGAGUAUUGAGAGUUAAGCUAUAAGAUAUAUAUCUCUACCUGAGUAUUGAGAGUUAAGCUAUAAGAUAUAUAUCUCUACCGGAGUAUUGAGAGUUAAGCUAUAAGAUAUAUAUCUCUACCGGAGUAUUGAAAGUUAAGCUAUAAGAUAUAUAUCUCUACCAGAGUAUUGAGAGUUUAAGUGUUUAAAUAUCUCUUAUAUAUACCUGGGUAGUGAGAGUUAAGUGUUUAAAUAUCUCUGAUGUAUAUACCUGGGUAUUGAGAGUUAAGUGUUUAAAUAUCUCUGAUACAAAAGUGUAUAUACCUGGGUAUUGAGAGUUAAGCUAUAAGAUAUAUCUCUACCUGAGUAUUCAGAGUUAAGUGUUUGAAUCACUUUACCAUGCCACUGUAUUGGCAGUUUAGUGAUUUCGUAUCUUGAACCUGGAUAUUGAGAGUUAAGUUUCUAAAUAUUUCUAUACUUGAGGUAAGUGUUAAAUUUUCUCUAUACUAGUUUAUUUGGAGUUUAGUGCUUAAAUGUCUCUAUUUCCGGGUAUUGAGUUAAGUGUAAAUACCUCUGUACCUCGGUAUUGAUAGUUGAGUGUCUAUGUCUACACCUGAGUAUUGAGAGCUGAGUGUCGAAAUAUAUCUAUACUGGGUAUUGAGAGUGAAGUGUUUGAAUAUCUCUUAAUGUUAAUAUAUAUAGGUGAAUGUGAGAUGUGUGUUAUGUGAUUGUGAGAAUAUAUUGCUAGAUUGAAAUAAAAAUCACUGAUCUUAG